AACUUAACUCACCGUUUAUUAUGUCGUUUAUGUUGAAUCUGAAAACCCUUGGGCCGCCAUAUCCUCUCCACUCGAUCGAUCUGCGCGCAGCUGGCCUGAUGAAUUACAUCGGAAUCAACCCAACAGAUCUGCUUUGUUCCGGCUACAUCUCCUCCAACCGACCUGCGCUCGCUCCAAAUCGCCGCGCCAUCCAAGAAACUACAACACUUCUGCUCCAACCUUGAAUCGGCAUAGAGAGUUAGACACAGUACAAGGGGUUUUCUAUUCAAUCUGCAAAUUAGCAACUCCCAUGCAAGAGAUCUCUUCAUAUACCUUUUAAAGCACACAUGGCUCCUGCUAAGGCACCUUUUGGGAAUAUUUUUGUCACGCAAUGCAUUCCUCCCUGCGCUCCUGCUAUACCACCAGCACAUAUUCCAACGCCCGAGGAGGUUGUUGCGGAAGACACUGAGUGGAAUAUUUUGGCGAAUGCUUUGAACAACCUAACAAAUCAAGUCGCACAAGGGUUAGCUCUGAUCACAGGUCAAAUGCAAGGGCUCACUGGCAUAGUGCAAGAUAUGCAGCAGCAGAUGCAGGAUAUGCAGCAGCAGAUGCAGGAUAUGCAGAAGCAGAUGCAACAGCAGAUGCAGGAUAUGCAGCAGCAGAUGCAGAUGCAGCAGCAGAUGCAGCAGCAGAUGCAGCAGCAGAUGCAGCAGCAGAUGCAGGAUAUGCAACAGCAGUUGACCCAAGUUGAUGCACGGAUGGCUGCGGGUUUGGCGCGCACAUACAACACCAAAUUGACUGAUAGUCCUCAAAGACUACUUCGUGCUGUAGUCAAAACAGUUCCAGGGCACCCAAAUCCUUUUCCCCCACCUUCUUUUCAGUUCGCUUUACCUCCAAAUGGGGUAUUCCCGGUUGGACAUGCCCCACCUCCGGGUCUUGUUCCCAAUAGCUUUAUUGGUGUUCGUGCAUUAGGUGCACAUGCCCCUCUAAAUGUUAUUCACUGGUUCUAUAAUGAACCGAGCUUGGCCGAGGUGGGGCAGAAUGUGGCCACUCGACGUUCCAAUUUGGAGGACUAUUUGACCCUUUGAAACGCUAUUAGAAAUGCUACUGAUGAAUUUCUAGCUGUCUUCUUUUUAUCAAACAUUGCAUUUUAUAUUUUUGUUUUUUUCACCAAGCCUUGUAAAUUCGUGCUUGUGUUUAGUUUGAAAGUACUUGUUCGUUUAAUAGCAUGUGUUUGUUGCAA